CUCACACACACACACACACACACACACACACACACUUACUUUCACUGCACUAGCGAUGACUAUCUACAGAACAGAAGAGGAAGAGGAAGCUUUAUUCCGCUCCUAUCCUUGCGCAGUUUACUACGUACAGAGUCCAUCAUCAGUUUCCCAUGCAUACAGUGCUGAAAUUCGUAACAUCAACUCUGAAUCUGCAUUAGAAACUAUUGCCAACAAUCCCAACAACGCAAGCCAAGAAGCAGCCAAUCGGCUUGCUCUAUCGCGUUACUCGUCCUCCCAUGGAUCAACCAACUUUUUCUUGCAUGAGAAGAAAAUCCCUUAUGAUCAUGAUGUUCAAAGCCAUGGAACAGGAGUUACGUACAAUGAAGAGAUUAAUCGUCGCGAAGGCAAUAUGGUUGUUGUUGAUAGACUCAGAAAUGGCUAUCACAUUGAAGAAGAUCAUGAGUAUGAAGAGGAUGAGGAAUAUUUUGGGGAGAAGGCUGAAUGGUGGAGAAUGUUCUCUUUCGGUGGUUCUAUUUCUGGAGGGUGGAAGUUUCUGCAGAUGACUUGGAGGUUUAUACUGAGUGUGGUGAUUGCACUAGUUGUGUUCUACAUUGUCACCAAGCCACCAGCUCCUAAGAUGUCUAUUAAGAUGGCAGGAAUUCCCCAGUUUGAAUUGGUUGAAGGAGUUGAUGCAUCUGGUGUCACCACCAAGCUGCUCACUUGCAAUUGUACCGUGGACUUAGUGGUAGACAACAAGUCGAAGCUAUUUGGGCUACACAUUCAUCCCCCCUUCCUGGCAAUGUCAUUUGGCAAUCUUCCUUUUGCAUUGACUGAAGCUCCAGAGUUUCAUACAGGGAUUCAUGAUACAGAAAUGUUCAAGUUGUUUGUGGGCACUAGAAAUAAACCAAUGUAUGCUGCAGGAAGAAGCAUGCAAGAUUUGCUUGAAUCAAACAAGGGAUUGCCUCUCGUCAUUCACGUGAACCUAAGAUCAAGUUUUAAAGUAGUUUGGGGACUCAUCAAGCCUAAAUUUCAUCACGAAGCUCAGUGCCUAAUUAUUCUUCGAAAAGCAUAUGACAAGAAACAUAGAACUCAAGAAUUUAUUGGCAAGUGUGCCAUUUCUUCCUAGCCCAAACAUUUAUUCAGUCGAAUUGAGCUCAAUUGGGGUUUUCACCUCAAUGAAAUAGUAAUCAAAGUUCCAAUUGAAGA